ACUACUGUUUAUAUUGGUUAUCUAAAAAUAUAAACAAACUUCAAACCCUACACCAGCAAAUUUCCUCAACUUUAUGAUUAGAGUUAACAACUGGAGAUAGUAGGAUUGUAAAAUGGGAAAGAGGCUUUUGGUCUAAAUAACAUCAAUAGCGGGUUGCGCUGGCUCUCUGCCCGACGGCGACACUUGGUGGCAUGCAUCUCAAACCAGCCCCCGUGCCACGAUGGAGACGCGCGGUAUUGAAGAGACAACACCUCAGUUGGAUGCUCAACUGGAAAAUGCAGCCAUUGACUAUGAACUGGAGCUCGUCCUGUUAAGAAAUCAAGUGGAGUUCUAUCAGACUGAGCACAAGUCACUUCGCGGUGAGUUGACGGCGUUGAUCGAUGAAAACCACAAUUUGUCGGAGCAGCUGCGAUUGUCUUUGGCUUCUCAGGUUGCUCGUGACGGCACGGUUUCCGGUUCUCACCCCAAGAAACCAGACAUGGUUGCCAACAUUAAGCAGCAGUUUGCUCUAGCAGUGCAGGAGAAAGAUGCUGCGAUUGAAAUGUGGCAGUCUGCCUUGAAAGAAGUGAGUUGCUUGGAGGAAGAGCUGAAAACUUACCAAGGCUACAUGAAGAACAACAUGGUGCAGACACAGCUGGACAAAGUGAAGGAGCAGUACUCUGAGGCCAUCACGCUGCUGGAAGCCAAGCUGGCGUGGACGCAGGCAGAGCUGAAGAAGGAGCGCUCGUUGCGGGACGACCUCUCGGCGGAGCUGAAGGAACUGAAGCUGGAGCACGAAGCGAGCUGCAAGCUUGUCGAGGCUCAGAAAGACCAGUUGCAGGAGGCCCUGAAAAUGCAGGCGGAGACGGAGAGGGAGCUCAGCGCCGCGCGGGAUGACGCCACGGCCGCGCGGGAGCUGGAGGCGGCCCUGGCGCGCUGCCACGAGAGCGUGGCAGACCUGCGCGCACGGCACCACGAGGCGUGCGACAAGGUGGAGGAGGCCGUGGCAGCGCUGGAGAGCGCCUGCGCGGAGAGGGAGCGUGCCGUGCUGGCGGAGGCCAGCGCCAGGGAGGAGACCGCGGAGGCGCAGGCAGCUCUGACGCGCUUGAUCGACGACGCGGGGGCGCGCGUCAAGGAGGAGGUGGAGCGCGUCAAGAGCCGGUACAACCAGCAGAUAGAGAAGGUGCUCUUUGACGUGAAGAUGCUGGAAGAUAAACUGGCGGACAAGAGCUCCCAGUUGGAGAGGCUGACGCGGGACUGUGAGGAGGCCCAGGACGAACGGGAGUCCCCGGCGCGGCGGCCGGGCGCCCCGGACAUGGGGGCCCGGCUCCAGGGCCUGUUCCGGGAGCUGGGCGAGCUGCAGCAGCGCAACGCACGGCUCUCCGCCGAGCGGGACGCCCUCCAGCGGCGACUGGACGAGCUCUGCACCAGGCACGAGCGGGAGCUGCAGCGCGGCGAGCAGCGGCGCAGCGCGCUGGAGGGACGGCUGCGGGAAGCCACCGCGCUGCGCGACCAGGCGCGCCAGCUGGACGAGACGCAGCAGUCGGUGGUCGAGUGCUUGCAGCGGCGCGAGCUGGAGCGGGGCGUGCAGGAGCGGGACGACCUGAUUGGCCGGCUGCGGGCGGCGCAGGCCCGCGGCGUGGAGACGGCGGCCGAGCUCCACCGCCACCUGGAGACUCAGCUGCGAGUCAAGAACAAGUGGAAGAGGACGGUGAAGACGGUGACGCGGGAGUUCGAGGCGCGCGUGAAGGAGCUGCGUCGCGAGAACGCGGCCCUGCGCGACGAGAACCACCGCCUGAAGGAGGAACUGGAGGCGUUGCGUGCCGACGCGCUCGGCUAACAGCAGGCGGGCGGCGUGCGACUCUCGCUGGCUUGCGCUCUCUGCCGGGGGAAACACGCUCUCCGCACCGACACAGGGACGUCGGAUCAGGGGG